UUCAAUGAGUGUAGAACAGAGUAGAGACAGCUCACAGACUGAAGGGGGAAGGAGAGAAGCAGAGCAGCUAGACGCAGGCACAGCAGGUUAAAAGAUGGAGCUCAGAGUGGGAAAUAAGUACAGGUUGGGCAGAAAGAUUGGAAGCGGCUCCUUUGGAGACAUCUAUUUAGGUGCAAACAUUGCCACUGGUGAGGAGGUUGCCAUCAAACUGGAAUGUGUGAAGACAAAGCACCCUCAGUUGCACAUUGAGAGCAAGUUUUACAAGAUGAUGCAGGGAGGAGUGGGGAUUCCUUCAAUCAAGUGGUGUGGAGCAGAGGGAGAUUACAAUGUGAUGGUAAUGGAGUUACUGGGCCCGAGUCUUGAAGACCUCUUUAAUUUCUGCUCCCGCAAGUUUAGCCUGAAGACCGUGCUCCUGCUGGCAGAUCAGAUGAUCAGCCGUAUUGAGUACAUCCAUUCCAAGAACUUCAUUCAUCGGGAUGUUAAGCCAGACAACUUUCUAAUGGGACUCGGGAAGAAGGGCAACUUGGUGUAUAUAAUAGAUUUUGGUCUUGCCAAGAAGUAUCGGGAUGCUCGGACACAUCAACACAUACCUUACAGAGAGAAUAAGAAUCUUACUGGGACUGCAAGAUAUGCGUCUAUAAACACCCAUCUGGGCAUAGAGCAAAGCCGCAGGGAUGACUUGGAGAGCCUGGGUUAUGUGCUUAUGUAUUUCAACCUGGGGUCGCUGCCUUGGCAAGGACUGAAGGCAGCAACCAAGCGCCAGAAGUAUGAACGUAUUAGCGAGAAGAAAAUGUCUACCCCUAUUGAGGUCCUCUGUAAAGGUUACCCCUCUGAGUUUUCAACAUAUCUGAAUUUUUGUCGUUCCCUUCGGUUUGAUGACAAGCCAGACUAUUCGUACCUGAGACAGCUAUUCCGUAACCUCUUCCAUCGGCAAGGCUUCUCAUAUGACUAUGUUUUUGACUGGAACAUGCUGAAAUUUGGUGCAGCCCGGAAUCCAGAAGAUAUGGACAGGGAAAGAAGAGAACACGAUCGAGAAGAAAGAAUGGGCCAACUUAGAGGCUCUACAACUAGAGUGUUACCCCCUGGUCCUCCCACUGGUGCAGCUCCUAACCGACUCAGAAAUGGUGCAGAACCUGUAGCCUCUACACCAGCAUCCCGGAUUCAGCAGAGUGGUAACACUUCUCCUCGGGCAAUCUCACGGGUGGACAGAGAGCGCAAGGUCAGCAUGAGGUUACAUCGAGGUGCUCCAGCAAAUGUCUCUUCAUCUGAUCUCACAGGGCGACAAGAAGUUUCACGAAUUUCAGCAUCACAGGCCAGCGUACCAUUUGACCAUCUUGGAAAAUGAGAGCUGCCAUUGGACCAAUAUUUGCUUAGUGUCUUCACUGUAUUUCAUUUUCUUUUAAAGAUGAAUUUAAUUUUUUAACUCUUAUUUUCUGCCACUGAAGAGAGCCACACAGAAGAUGCUGGUUCUGGCGCAGAAAUAGAAGAACUGAUGCGUCAAGGAGGAGGCUCGCUGCUCCACUUCCCUUCCAGAUAUGUUGGCAGUCCAGGACAGUGGAUGUUCUUCCUGCUUUCUGUAAACUGAACACUACAUAUAGAUAUAUACUGUAUAUAUUUUUUCCUUUUUAUUUUUUAGUUUCCCUCCCCACAUCUCCCCCCCUCACCCCCCCACCACCCCUCAAAAAAUACUCCAACUUCAUAUUUUUUCCAAUAUGUAAGAUUUUAGCUGUACGUUAUUUUUUCUAUUCUAUACGAGAUGGACAGAAUAAGCGUGUUACCAGGAGAGGCAUCUCCAGCACUCUUCUGUCUUUCCAGCUUGGAUGCCCCAUUGCACCUGUCUCUCCUGUCUGCACUGACAACGGAGCAAUGCAUAGUUUACUAUGAUUUUUAGGUCACUGAUCAUUCAGGGCUAGAGAAGUGCUGGGAUCUUGUAGUAUUUUGCACACAGAUCCACAGUGGAGGCCUAUCUUGAUUUUAGUAUAUGCCAGCUCCGGAGCACCAGUAUAGGAAAAGGUUGUUUUUUUUUUUGUUUUUUUUUAACAGAACAGGCGGCGUUUGCCCAAACAGCCCUAGCUGUUGCAGCAGUUUUAGUUGUAGGUUAAUAAUGUAUUUUAGUAGUAGGUAUAUUGUUGGGUAUCCCCCACUGUGGCUGCUAGUGAUUUGAUGUUUAACUCAUUUGAAACAAAAAUAA